AUGGAACGGCUCGGUGCCGAAAGGCAACAGAAGGAAGUCUUCCCGUUGCAACAGUAUUCGGAUAGCACCUGUGAGCCGUUGCCGGCUUUUAGCUCUUUAAGUGCUUGCGGACCCAGCUUUGCUUCUGCAUUAAACAUGUCGGCAAUACUUGUACAACGAAGGAUGGUACAGUUCUGUUUGGAGAAGCAGAAGGCUUUGCAGUCUUUGGAUAGCUGUAAUGAACCGUCGCCAGUUCCCACCCUUCCUGACAUCUGUGGAGGCAAAUUUCGUGUCCCCGUUAGGAGUUUAAAGUUUGCGUCCCACAACCCUUUGCUUGAAAAAGUUGCGGAGUGGCUUAUUGUCUUUUGA